AUGUCCUCAACCAAUUCUAGCCCUACAGAACAUCAUAUUACCUCACGAACUUGGAAUAGCGAGGGCAUGGUGAUCUCAAACAUAUCAGGCGAAACAGGUAUUUCGCAACUUAUGGAAACAGCAACAUUUAUUUAUCCCAUAAAUUUGUCGGCUUCUACCAAUGAAUCAAAAAAUACUACCGAAUCACAACAAUCAAAUAUUGCUUCUUUACCGCAAAAUAGUAUUUUUCCAUAUGAUUUUAUAUGUGUAGAAGAGUUGCGAAAACUUGCGGAAGUUAGCAAUCAAAUUUAUUCUUCGACAUCAAAUACUUCAAAUUCGACAUUGCCAGUAGUUGACCAUGUUCCUACAACAUCGACAAAAUCGAUUCAACCAGCUUCAUUCAAUUCAUCUGCUUCCUCACCUAUAUCGGAAAUUGAUGGUUCAGAACGAUCAUCUUCCUCUUAUUUUACCAAUGAAGAAAAUAAUAAUAAGAAAUCCAUAGGAGGUCGAAAAAGGAAAGUUGAAAGUUUAGAAGAAAAGGAACAAAGACAACGUGACAGAAUACUUCGAAAUCGUCAUGCUGCGCAAAUGUCACGUGAUAAAAAACGACGGCAAAUGGCGGACCUUGAAUCUCAAAAUAUUAUGCUAAAAGAUGAGAAUUCUCAUCUUUCUACACGAUUAAAAGUUGUCGAAGAAGAAAACAUUGCAUUAUCCGAGAAACUUGAUACAAUUUCAGCACAACUGGUUGAUAUUCAAUCACAUAUCGCCGUAUCCGAGAUGACCAAAGUCCUACUUGGCGGUGUUUGCGGAUCAGCAGCAUCCGCGGCCUUGGAAUCCGACUCUCUUGCGUUGAAUGAUGGUAAGGAAGGAAAUAUCACUUUUAACGGUAAUGAGAUACUAGAAUCUUCCUCUAGAGUCCUCCAAGAAGUCCCAGCAGCGGCACGUCAAGAUGUGGAACCUUUACGGGACGUUGUCACAAAUCCAUUCUUUUCCGAUUUGGAUGCUUUCAACACAAGUACUGAAUCAGCUAUUUCUGACCUUCUCGAUAGUUUUUUGGACUAUGAUUGGUCAGCAGAAGAAUUAUCUUCUAUUGGACGAUCGGAUGGUAUUUGUUGA